AUGGCCGAGUACGCGAGAUUCUCACAUAUCAACCCCCAGUGGGAGCGGUUCGUGCAGUCCCAAGCGGUGCUGCGCGACUUCAGAGGAAGCGAUGACCACAUCAUUCAGCGUCGCGCUGCAUUCCAGAAAUUAGCUGCGGAGGGACCUCAGCUUCGCAAGAUACCCGGCAAUGAUGAACUUGACGUGAGAGAUUUCCAUAUUCCUGCUCGUGACGGGUAUGAGAUCCUCGUGAGAUCGUACACCCCCAGAGCACCAGCGGCAGACGGGAUUUCAACUUACCCCGUCUUUGUCUACUACCACGGGGGCGGAUACACGUUUGGUAACAUUGAAACUGGAGAUGAUAACUGCCGUCUUCUGGCUGCUCGUAAUGGCCUAGCUGUUCUCAAUGUUGAUUACCGCCUGGCGCCCAAGUACAUCUUUCCCAAAGGAUUCGAAGACGCUUACGACGCACUGCGAUGGACCACGAAGAACGCGGCUACCUUUGGCGGAGACCUGAGUAAAGGGUUCCUUGUUGGAGGGGUUUCCGCUGGCGGAAACUUUGCUGGAGCGCUGGCUUAUGCUGCUCGAGAUGAAGGCCUCCAGCCACCGAUUACAGGGCUUUUGCUCUCGAUCCCUUGCUGCCUGAUGCCUCAAGCCUUCCAUCUGGUACCGCAGUGGAAAGACGACCUCCGGAGUAUUGAACAAAACAAAGAUUCGGAUAUGUUGGAUGUGCGGUCCUACAAGCAACUCAUCGAAGAUAUCUGUCAAGCUCCUCCCGACGACCCGAGAAUAUCGUUUCUUCUGCAUCCUGAUCAUUCGGGUUUGCCCACCCGGGCAUACUUCCAAAUUGCAGGGUUAGAUCCUAUUCGUGACGAGGCUAUUCUGUUUGCCAAACUCCUGCGCGAGCACUCUGGCGCUGAGACGAAGAUUGAUAUGUACGACGGCUUGCCACAUGGAUUCUGGCGAUUUCAAGAGCUCCGCGCUGCCCAGACCUGGCACGUCGAUCUGUAUGAGGGAACGAAGUUCCUGCUGGAGGGUGGAAAGGGAGGAUUCCAUGUGAAGGGUACCGAGAAUGGGCUCAAUGAGUAUUUGUCCGGUGUGAUAUGA